GUGAUCAGAGAUGGCGGGCGCCUCCGACCCCCUGGAAGAUAUGCUCUUUUCGGAGGUGGAUGAAAAAGCUGUGAGCGACCUAGUGGGCUCAUUGGAGUCACAGCUUGCUGGACAAAGCAACCCGGCUGGUAAAGCAGACGAAAACGGAGGCGCUGGCUCUGUGGCCCCCGCUAACCAUCACUUAGGAAAAACGCUACCAGCUCCAGUGAGCACCACAACACUAGAACAACAACAACAACAACAAGGACGCCGUAAUAAAACUGAGAUGCGCCAGGAGAUCAACUCUAAAGACGUUAGCCCGGAUAAGACUGUCACAUCUCCUUCACCGGGCUGCAGCCCUUCUUUUGGCGAGCCUUCCACCACUUCGGGUGCCUGUGUGAGCGCCACUAGCAGCGGCUCGCAAUCACAUGGAGCAUCCAUCACAACACUGACUGCAUCUGGUGUGUCAACUUUGGCAUCUCUGCCGCCAGCCAGCAUCAGCACCACCAUAUCCAGCCAGGGCUCUAAGGUUACCGUGGGCACAGGUGAGACGUCGACGGGAGCAACCCCGCCGAGAAAACGCAUAACGACGCCGCGGAGGAGCGCUUCGGCGCGGAUAAAGAGUUUGAACGGCGCAGCUGUAACAACGCGGAGGAACAGCAACACAGCGGUGGUCGACAGCGUUAGCCAAGUGGAUACGAGUGCAAGUACACCAAACUCUGGACGACCCGUCACGACCUCUAUUAACACUUCGACGUUCACCUUAUCCAACGCGAGCCUGCCUGUGGGUCAGUCGGCUAUUGCUCUCGACAGGGGGACUCCUACUAUUGCUUUGCAUAGACUCCCGAGUCAUAUUGUUGCCAGUAUAGCCCAGAACGGCAACGGGACCAGUGUUUCGGCCUUAGUCCAGCAGGGUGCUCGUAUAGGACCCGUUACCUCUUUAGCUUCCCCGGGGAACCAAACCAAAAUGGUCACAGACACUGGGGCUUCCAAAACAGACGACUGUCAGUCCAAAAUUGUAAUGUUAACCCAGUCUAGCGUUGUCAACUCUGUAGUAAAUACUGUUUCCACUUCCUCUCCUCCUCUUCCUCCUCCUCCUCCUUCUUCUACUUCUUCAUCUAUUGUCACACCACCAACAACUACUACAGCUGCAGCAACAACAACAAUAACAAUAACUCAGCCUCUGAACUCCAUCACACCUGCUGCGUGUGUUACAGGGAUGGCAACUAGUUCAGUAUGUGGAGCUGGUCAGACCACAUCGGUGACCACCACUAUUACUAUGGUUAGGCCAACAGCUCCCUCCCCAACACCUGCUGUGGCCACAUCUGCACAGUCACAACCCCGUCCUGGACUUACAGCCCCACAAAGGAUUGUAACCCCCCAACUGAUUGUCAGACCGCCUCAGCAGCAGACCACCAUUCAGCUGCCCCCUGGGUUUACCAUCCCACAAGGUAUGGUGUUGGUACGCACAGAGUUAGGACAGCUGGUAAUGGUUCCCCAGCAGGCUUUGGCUCAAGCUCAAGCACAAGCACAAGCUCAAGCCCAAGCCCAGGCCCAGAACAACAUUUCUCCACGACCUGCUACCCCCACCACAGGGACAUCCUUCAGAGUAACCUCUCCACAGCAAUCUCCUGUGACCUCUCAGACCAGCAGGCAAUGUCCUUUGACCCCAGCCAAGAUGGCACCGUCUCCUUCUCCUACUCCUUCCAGCCCUGCCCUACAGACUUCUUCCUCUUCUUCUUCUUCUUCUUCCUCCUCCUGCCCUGCACUCCGCCCAAAGGGCCCUGUGGCACCGGUCGUGGCUGUGACGGCUCCGCAGCAGACCCCCGUGGUUUUGCCUCCCCAGGCCCCGGCCCAGCCUGCCCCCCAGCCAGUGCAGCCUGCACAGCCGGGAAUCGCCACGGCCUCUGGUGGUUCUGUCGCAUCCCAGGAAAUGCAAGAGAAUGUUAAAAAGUGUAAGAAUUUCCUGGCCACACUUAUCAAGCUGGCAUCUCACAAUUCUCCGUCCCCUGAGACGUCUAAGAACGUCAAGGCUCUUGUUCAGGACCUGCUGGAUGCCAAAAUCGAACCGGAAGAGUUCACCAGCCGACUACAGACAGAGCUCAAGUCAUCUCCGCAGCCUUACCUGGUACCCUUUCUCAAGAAGAGCCUCCCAGCCCUGAGGCUGUCUUUGCUGAAUAGUCAGCAGUCUUUGACCCAGCCCCCGCAGCAGGGACUAAAACCAGCACCCUGUGGCACCCCUCCUGCCAUCGUCGCUGGGCCAGCUGUCCGCAUACGCCACCCUAAUAGUGUCAGCACCACUACGGGUGCCAGUGCAUUGCCCGCUGGGACGCUCGGACAUGCAGCUGCAAUGGGUGUCAAGACAGGAGGCGCUGUUGGUGGCCAGGUCCGGAUGCCUGUGGUGAUUACGCAGUCCAUCAGAGCGCAAGGCACAAUGGGAAAGGGAGCCAUAAUCCAAGCAGGCAAAAGUCCCAUGGGCCUGCCUGUUCAGAUCACCGGGAAUCAGAAAAACAAGCUCAAUGACCCCGGAGGAGGCACAUUCAGGGACGACGAUGAUAUCAAUGAUGUGGCUUCUAUGGCCGGGGUGAACCUGAAUGAGGAAAGUGCCAGAAUACUCGCCACCAACUCUGACCUCGUGGGAACGCAGAUCCGCUCAUGUAAAGACGAGGCCUUUCUUCAUCCGGGGCUGCUACACCGACGAAUUCAAGAAACAGCUAAAAAGUUUGGAAUUACGGAAGUCCCCAUGGAGACAGUGACAUUCAUCUCACACGCCACGCAGUCACGGCUUCGGACGGUAGUAGAAAAGGUUUCUACUAUCGCACAGCACCGACUGGACUCCUGUAAGGACGAUGAGUGCUACGAGCAGUCUGCAGACGUUCGCUCUCAGCUUCGCUUCUUUGAGCAGCUGGAGAGAAUCGAGAAGCAGCGGAAGGAUGAGCAGGAGAGAGAGAUCCUUUUGAAAGCCGCUAAAAGUCGCUCCAGGCAAGAAGACCCAGAGCAAGCUCGACUGAAACAGAAAGCUAAGGAGAUGCAACAACAGGAACUGGCCCAGAUGAGGCAGCGGGAUGCCAACCUUACAGCACUAGCCGCCAUUGGACCCCGAAAAAAACGUAAAGUGGAUUCACCGGGGGCCACACCAUCAGGGACUGAGGUUUCCGGCAGUACGGCAGGCUCCCCAGCCAGCUCAUCCGCCCCAUCCACCUCAUCACGCCAGUAUACACGGCAGCGCAUCACUCGUGUCAACCUCAGGGACUUAAUUUUCUACAUGGAGCAGGAGAGAGAGACCGCCCACUCGCUCCUCCUUUACCGUGCCCUGCUCAAGUAGCCUCUGCUCCGCUCAGCGCCCACCUCAACCACCUCCUCCUCCUUCCCAGCCACGUGCCUUCAGAUCAGGUCUAAUGUUUCAGCUCUGUGUCUCCAUAUGUGUUGUAGUGUGAUGUUUGAUGUAGCUUUUAAUAACAAGAAAGAAAGUGAGAGAGAUAUAGACAGAAAAAGAAUAAAAAUAAAACCGGUGUUCCGUGUCUUCUCCUUUAGCUUCACAGUGUGUAGUUAGAUCAUUCAGUUUAAGGGCCCCAUCAUUUCCUAUUGCUGAAGUUGGAUUUGCCAGAGGAACGAUGUGUUUACGUCACAGGACUUGACCAAGACCUUCUUCCACGUUUGUUUGACAUUCUUGGCAGAAGCUUCAGUGAACCACCUUAAAGUAGAAAUUUCCUUGGCUAAGAAAAUAUAAUAGCAUAUUGAUACAGCCUACAAUAUUAUCCAUGAGUUAUUUGUUGAACACAGUUCAAUGAAUGUAGUCUAGCUGAACCUAAUAAGUGUGACUUUACAGAUUUCUAGACCAACUCAUGAUUCUGAAACAUCCAGAUUCCAAAUAACAGCAGUAAAUUCAAUUUCCUUACUAUAUGUGUAAAUAGUUCUUUUUGAAUUAUUUUACAGCAUGUAUAUUUUUAUCACAUGUAAGCUUUGUAAGAAAAGGAAUAAUCCACGUGUCAAUAUUAUGAAACCUGAUGUUUUGUACAACCAUGUGCUUUGAAAGAGUCAAAUUUAGAUGGUAUAUUCUGUAGAGUGUUGUUACAAAGUAGACUCUUCUUGAGCCUUCUUGAAAGGUCAUUUAACAAAAAACACAUACGGCACUAUGUGACACUAGUUUCAGACUGGUUUCCCUUGUUGAGUGAGUCAGUAUUUUUUUAAACACAUAAUGUGAACAUUGUUUUAUGACUAGCUGUUUGUCUUAUGGUAUCAUGCCCACAGUAAUGGUUUAUGAAGGUCGAUUUUUGAAGUUUGCUGUUAUUCUAGAUGCAUCAGUGGCAUGGGAGAAUGAAAACAGACAUUCCUCUAUCUUCCACGUUCAUAGUUCUUUCUGCACAUUACUGAUGUUUGGCAAAAACACUUUUUAACUAUUUCAAAGCAACCCACACCCUCACUUUGAUAUUAAUUGAAAGGCCAAAUUAAUCCAUGAGAUGUUUUAGUGCACAACAUUUAUAUUUGUGUGACAUUCGAUCUAAAAUAUAAUGUCACAGGAGCAAACUAAUGGUAAACUGAAGCAAGCGGCUCUGAUUUGUUUCUGUUGUUGUCUUUUCUGCAAUAUCACUGACCGAAGAACACUAUUUGACCAGAAAGUCCUUUUUACAUGUCUUGCAUUUUCGUCAUAUUACUUUCAUCCCCCCCAUUCCUUAAUGUGUUAUGUAAUGGCAUUCAUUAUGGGUUUUUGUUGUUGUUUGUUUUCUCUAUUUAACUAAACAUCUUGGCCUCUAUGCAGCUUUUCUUGUCAUAUUGAAAUUUAUUUAAAUAUGGAUGACAUUUGCAAAAGUCGUGCAUUGUAAAUUUUGACGGCACUUUUUUGAUAUCUAUUUUACCUGACAACUGAAAGCUGUCAUUGUAUUAUAGCAAAGAAACAGUAUUUGCCACUUUCUGUCAAAAGACACUUAUUUUUUAACAAUUAAUAUAUUUGUUCUGUUCUGCUUUUUUUUUAAUUUUUUUUAUUAGAUUGGCUUUUAUGCUCAACACAUUUUCAUAAACUUUAUCUCUAAAAUGCCAUGUUUUAAAAACAAGCACAACAGUACUUAUUGUAGUGAUUUCAGAUGAUUUUAUGAAUUAUUUCUAUGGUUUCCGGUCGUUUCACAGGAGGGCAUUUCUACUGCUACUGCUACUACUACUCCUAGAACAACAACAACUACUACUACAGCUUUUUAGCCAAAAUAUUAGGACAAUAUUCCUGUGUAAACAGAUGGAGGAAAUACAUUUCAGUGUAAGGAUGAUUUGUAAAUAUUGUUUACAAAACUAUGUGUUUAUUAGAACCACGUUAUUUUUGGUAAACUCUUGUAUAUAUCUUGAAAAUUUCCUGUUUGUGUGAAAAACAAUACUUAUGUAUUUGUACCUAUUUUGUAAAGGAAUAAAUAAGCUGUUUACUAA